GCGGCCGGGCUCAGCCAGCUUCUGUCGCCGCACGGGCAGCUGCGGCUCGGGGACCGACUGACAGAGCCAGGGCCGGAGCCGCUCGGGGCCGGGCUAGGGAGAGCGGGCCCCACCAUGAGGCCCCAGUCCCGCAGGAGCCCCCGCGCUCCGCUGGCCCCCGGCGCACCGCGCUAGCGCCCCGCCGGGGAGUGGGGAGGCGCCACGGCCAUGGCCAGCCACGUGGACCUGUUGACGGAGCUGCAGCUGUUGGAGAAGGUGCCCACGCUGGAGCGGCUGCGCGCCGCCCAGAAGCGCCGGGCCCAGCAGCUCAAGAAGUGGGCGCAGUACGAGCAGGACUUGCAGCACCGCAAGCGGAAGCACGAGCGGAAGCGCAGCACGGGCGGCCGGCGGAAGAAGGUGUCCUUCGAGGCCAGCGUGGCCCUGCUGGAGGCCUCCCUGAGGAACGACGCAGAGGAAGUGCGCUAUUUCCUGAAGAACAAGGUCAGCCCUGAUCUGUGCAAUGAGGAUGGACUCACAGCCCUGCACCAGUGCUGCAUCGACAACUUCGAGGAAAUUGUCAAGCUGCUCCUUUCCCAUGGUGCCAACGUGAAUGCCAAGGACAACGAGCUGUGGACGCCCCUGCAUGCCGCGGCCACCUGCGGUCACAUCAACCUGGUGAAAAUCCUCGUUCAGUAUGGGGCCGACUUGCUCGCCGUCAACUCAGAUGGAAACAUGCCCUACGACCUCUGUGAGGAUGAGCCCACCCUGGAUGUCAUCGAGACGUGCAUGGCGUACCAGGGCAUCACCCAAGAGAAAAUCAACGAGAUGCGGGCAGCCCCUGAGCAGCAGAUGAUUGCGGACAUCCACUGUAUGAUUGCAGCGGGCCAGGACCUUGACUGGAUAGAUGCCCAGGGUGCCACACUGCUGCACAUAGCUGGAGCCAACGGGUACCUGCGGGCAGCCGAGCUCCUCCUGGACCAUGGAGUGCGUGUGGACGUGAAGGACUGGGAUGGCUGGGAGCCCCUGCACGCGGCCGCCUUCUGGGGACAGAUGCAGAUGGCAGAGCUAUUGGUGUCCCACGGGGCCAGUCUCAGUGCUAGGACAUCCAUGGAUGAGAUGCCAAUAGACCUGUGUGAGGAGGAGGAGUUCAAAGUCCUGCUGCUGGAGCUAAAACACAAGCAUGACGUGAUCAUGAAGUCACAGCUGAGACACAAAUCGUCCUUGAGCCGGAGGACCUCCAGCGCCGGGAGCCGUGGGAAGGUGGUGCGGCGAGCCAGCCUGUCGGAUAGGACCAACCUGUACCGGAAGGAGUAUGAGGGAGAGGCCAUCCUGUGGCAGCAGCGGAGUGCGGCCGAGGAUCAGCGGACCUCCGCCUACAACGGGGACAUCAGGGAGACCAGAACAGACCAAGAGAAUAAGGACCCAAACCCCCGGCUGGAGAAGCCCGUGUUGCUCUCCGAGUUUUCUACCAAGAUCCCACGAAGUGAAAUGGACGGGCCUGUUGAGAAUGGCCUCCGGGCUCCAGUCAGCACCUACCAGUAUGCACUGUCCAACGGGGAUGUCUGGAAAGUGCACGAGGUGCCUGACUACAACAUGGCCUAUGGCAGCCCCGGCGUGGCCGAUGCCACCUCGCCCUGGAGUGGCUACAAGGAACAGAGUCCCCAGACGCUUCUGGAGCUGAAGCGGCAGCGGGCUGCGGCCAAGCUGCUCAGCCACCCCUUCCUGAGCACUCACCUGGGCAGCAGCAUGGGCAGGACGGGCGAGAGCAGCAGCGAAGGCAAGGCCCCCUUGAUCGGAGGCAGAACUUCACCCUACAGCAGCAAUGGAACCUCGGUAUAUUACACGGUCACCAGCGGAGAUCCCCCGCUCUUGAAGUUCAAGGCCCCCAUGGAGGAGAUGGAGGAGAAGGUCCAUGGCUGCUGCCGCAUCUCCUAGUCUCUGUGUGACGGAGGAGAGAGAUGCUUCGGGGAGGGGUCUCUGGAAUCCACCCACCCGGCAGCCCUGGCUGGGGAGACAUCAGAGGGCAGCUUGCGGGGAGGUGGGCUUUGCUUUCCAGAGCUGAGCCCACCUCUCACCCAGCGGCCCAUAGCAUCACCACUUCCCACGGCUCUGCUUCCUGCUGCAUUGUCUGCUGUCAGAAACAAGGCCCCAUCGUGGCUUCCUGACUCACCCCGCUGUCAGAUUUUGGGGGGGGGGGGGCGCUGGGAUUCCAUUCCAGUUCUGUUGUCGGUUAAGGCUUCUCUGGACCGGGACUCGCAUAUCCCAUAUCGGUGUGCACGUGCACGCACACACACACACACACACGCUCAACCCUGUGUAGGAAUGACACAGCUGGGCUCAUGGGAAGCAGGUGGGACUGAGAAUUUGUGGGUUCUUCCCAAGAGGAUUGAGGCUAAGACUCCGUUUCAUCACCACUGCCAACGUGGCUUUAGUAGGGGAGGGGGGCUGCGAAGCUGAGACCCACGGUCCUGCCCAGGGUCACGUGGGGGGGCCUGGGCUACCAUCCACAUCUAGCAGGAGAGGAGGUCCACUCGUUGUUCAGAGGAAGCUCUGAACCCACGUGGGGUCAGUGAGACGGGCAAUGGCCUUCUCCCCACAGCCUUGCCCAUGCCGGAGGCCAGCUGUGUGACCACCCAGAGGCCGAGGUAGAAAACCAGGCUAAUGCCUGGGAUAUUCCAUGCCUGGGAUAAUCCAAAUCCUAUUUUACUUUUGGACGGAAGUGUCAAAAAUUGGAGGCGAGGGGGACUAAGGUUAGUGUUUCCGAAAGUGCGUUGGAUAAAAGGAUUCUUUUAGGCUGUAAAACUACAGGUGGGAGAGAACUGAAUUUGCUUUCUUGCUUUCUUUCGUGGAUAGCAUCAUGAUCACUGGGUUUUACUGACUGGUGUUGGAAGAAUGAAGCUAAGUGAGGAGCUUCGGUUGCAAGGGCUUUCCAGGGCGAGGAGUGAGUUUGUGUUGUUAGUUUCUACAACCCUCUCUGGUGACCUGAGAGAGCCCAGUGCCCUGGCCAAUCUUUGUGAAUAUCCAGGUGAUUUCGAUCCAGCCUCUGUCAGCCAGACUCCCUCAGGCUGAGUGAGCCAUCGGAGUGAACAGUGAGAAACUGCUGGGAGCCCCCACCCCUCCCGGGGUAAAUGCCCAGGACCCCCAGCCCAGAUUGGCCUUUUCUGAAAUGCUCGUUGAGACAAGUUUUCCAGUUGACCCUUGUGAGGUCCUGCUUGGCCCAGGGUCUCCCAGCCUGCUCUCGUGGGAGUGGUGACACCCCAGGGCUGCAAAUCCGAGGCACCCAUGGCCAACACCCUGCGUUGCAUUCAGGACAGCGGUGAUGGGGCUAGAGAGGGGCCUCACUGCAGCCCAACAGUCUCAAAGCCCUGAUCUCCCUGAUGCUGGGGAGGGAAAACCAACCUGCCCACCGUCUCUCGACUGCAUUUUCUCAAGAGCCCCUUUGAAAUUGCUGCCCACGAGUUGGGUACUAUUCACAGGCUCAGCCAAAACCUAUUGGUGUACUUCAUAAGCCGCAGGUUUGUUCCCUGCUCUGUGCGCCUUUUAUUUAUCCUACAACUACCUCCUUAGAGCUCUGAAGGGGCUCCCUAGGUCCAAAUUCUGGGAUUGGGGGGACAAAUCUGGGUUCCCUUUAAACUUCUUUCUGAGCCUGUGAGAAAUUCUCCCUGAGGGGCCCCUGGGCCAGGGAGCCGGGGCUGGAGGAGCCCCCCUGUGCCACAAUUCCAGUAAGGGGGUGUGCUGUUUAUCAGCCCCAGUCCCCACUGUGGCCUCCAUGGCCCCAUAGCCCAGAGAGGGAGCUGGAUCCCAGGGGCCUGGCUGAUGCUUUUCCAGGAGCAGGGCAGCUGGACCAGAGAGCAGAGGGCUCAGUGGAGUCACUGUGCACCUGGUGGCUCCUGGGAGCAGGGAGGGUCACAGCAGCAGGCCAGCCCCACCCCAAGUUCAGGGCAGAUCCAGUGAAGGGUGGAGGGGCAGCUCAGGAGACUGCAGGCAGGGAUGUGUGAUGCCUCCCGUGCCCCUGGCCUCUGCGGCGGUCUCUCCGUCACGUCAGCCCAUGGCUGGAGCGGGGCAAGAAUGAUCAGAACACACGUACCUUUGACUUUAAAACAGUGUUCAGAUUAGACUGACCCUGAACUCCUUUUGAGCCAACUUAAGCUGCAAGCAGAAGAAUGCCAAGGGAAGCCAUACCCUCCCAGGAGAGGGCUGUGCAGGUUUUCGGAUCUGCUGGCUCAGGGGCCAGGGACUGAAGGCAUUCGUUGCCCACUCCGAGCCCUUCUGGCCGCUCCCUCUUUCCCCUCACUUCCUGCCUCCUGGGCCACUCAUCUCCCAGCUGGAAAGAAGGCCGGGAAUCCCAGCUGAUUCCCCGACAGCAGCCAAGCGCAGACUCACGGGCAUUUUAGCUCUUGUUUUCAGUCCGGGUAAGCCGUUCCUUGUUAGGGCUUCGAGUACCUGGGAACUCAACCUACGGGUCUCCGUGGUGUUAAGGGACAAGGCGGGGUCAGGGUCAUUCAUUUAUUCGCUCAUGUCGUUUAUUGAGUAGCUGAGACAUACCAGGCACUAGGUUAGGCUCUGGGGGUAAAGGAGGAGCAAGACAAGGCGAGGAGACUUCGUUUUACAGUUUUUAUCCUUUGACGACCAGCAUCUGAUACCUUGAGGUCUCAGGAGCCCCUCUGAAGUUCACCUGAGACAGAGGGACAGCAUCCUGGUGUAGCUUCACCUUGGUUUCUAGCUCUGGAGUCUCUAGAGUGGGAAACCCAUCAGCAGCGAAACUGCCAUCCUGGCCAUCCCCGGAUAACAUUUGCCACUAAACGCAGAUGCUGGCUCUGUAGUUCCAUGGAGACAGCAUUCCAAGUCUGUCUGGGACUUUCAGGGAGAGCUGCCUUCAGGCCAGCAUCUUUGGGGCAUCGUAGACUGGCAGGUUUGAGGUCAGUGUGUGGAAGAACAAAGAGUCUGGAAUUUGCUGCUGCUUGCACCUCGGGUUCUGAAACUCGCUGUCUCUUGCUCAUUUUUGCUCCUUUGUUAUGGAGUCCCCCUGCCCACCAAUGGAUAAUGGGAGGUGAGGAACUUCUCCUUUAACACUGAAGCCUUUCCUCAUGCAUCUGCCUCCUCCUGGCAGGUGUGGAUCAAGGAGCGGGGAGAACGCUAGCAAGGUAUACCAGAUGCUCAGCUCACUCCUGAGCCCCAGGUCUGGUGGUAGUUCCUGGCUGAUUAAAGGAGGCUACUCACAAAUCACGUGCCACGUGGCUCACUGUGAGCUCUGGCCUUUGCUCCCACCCUGUGCCCCCGGACCACUGAAAACUGUGGCUGUCACCAGAUAGUUCCUGGCCAGGAGCUCAGGGAAGUGGAGUAAACCUUAGACCCAGGCUCAGGAUGUAAUUCUCCACCAAAUAUGCAGCUGCGAGUGAACUGCUCCACACUGUUGGAUCAGGGUCAGUGGGCUUAGGAAAACAAACAAGGGGAUAUCACCCGUUCUACACCGCCAUGGUUUGCUGGCUCUGUAAUAACGAGACCUUUUUUGGCAAUUGGUAUCAGAUACCUUUUGGUGUUGAGCUCUCUCUCCCACUUGCCUUCCCAGAGUAGGUUUUACUGGGGCACUUUCCAGAAGGGCAGUUUUUACGAGAUGCUCAGAGGACUGCAUUUAACUCUUGCUAUUGUAGCCUGGGGACAGCCUCCGCCAUCCCAGUGCAUGUAAGAGCGAAGGGUCAUGCGGUCAGUGGUUGACUCUCCAGAAGUGACCCCCUUUGCCAGAAGCUGUAGACCUCUCCUUGAUAGGAGUCUCUUGUUGGCCAGUUGGCCAGAGGGCCUGCUUCCCAUGAACAUUGCAAGUGCCACAGUGCGGGGCCUGGCUCUGUGCACCGAGGAAAAGUCUGCAGACACCCAGCCCUCCGCAAUAAUUCACCAGACCAGAAGCCACUGAUGUACAGAGAACACUGAAGAAAAAUGUAUUUUAUGUGAAAAAACGUUAAAACUCUGUAUACUGUAUCAGCAGCUUUGUGUAAAAAAUGGCAAUCAAGAGAGUCUAAUAUAUUUAAAACUUUUUUUAAAAAAAAAAUCCUCGCGGAUCUUUGAUAUUGUAUUGAAGUAACUUCCAGGUAGCUCCUCGCCACGUGGCAGUGGUGGGCCUCGAUCCAAGACCGUGGCUCGACCACACCCCAAAGGGGCGUGACCCUGGGGUUGCUUCCAGCUGCCAAGGCCUGUGACAGAAUUCACUGUUGAGAGUUUUUAAUUAAGAUUAUUAAAAUUCCUUUUAAUAACA